CCCACUAAAUGCGGUCUAGAUAGACAGCUCACUAGUUUUUGAGCACAGCCCGAGAGUUUAUCCUCUUACGUAACUCAUACCGCGGAUACACUCUCUAAAACCCAUUUUAAAUACUCUGCAUACUGUCACGCGAGAAUUUAAAAUCAACCGCCCUUCAAAUUUGUGUUUUAAUAACGCCUUCAACACGGUCUGUAGAUAAAGUUAAUAGUGAUUUCCUGGAGCGGUGAAUCUGAUCCAUCCAUCCCACAUUAAAUACUUCCGGGUAUUUCGCUACACUCAGAUGUUGGCGUGAUUUGGUUUUGAGUGAAUCUUUUUUCUUUAUAACAUCAACCGACAUGGACGAGAGCGUUUUGAAGUGAGCGUGUUUUUGUUCUUCUUUGAUACUUCAUUGAUACUUUGUGGCUUUGUUUUUUAUCCAGCCAGAUGUGAGCGUGUGCAUUUGUUUGGCCAUGUCCAGAUGUUGAUCUCACGCAGAUUGGUAAUCCAUGGGAUUAAAUGCUGCUGCUGUGUGAAGUACUGUAUGUUGCAUUAACGUCCUCGCCAUGAAACGCAUCGUUUUCUUUCUGGCGUCUUUAUUCCUGACGGAGUGUUCAAGGAGACCCAUUAGAGAUGUCCUUGACGACGAGUAUGACCAGCUCAGCUCAUUGCUGUCAGACUUUGAUGUUCUUCAGCUGUCCAGUCUUCAACAGCAUUCAGUUCGCAAGAGAGAUGUCCAAUCACAAACACACGCAGAGAGGCUUCUCAGUUUCACUGCGUUACAGAGGCAUUUCAAAUUGUACCUGACAACCAACACAGAGCUCUUCACUCAUGACUUUAAGGCUGUGGUAGUAGGAGAAGAUGGCACUCAAAAGAUGUACGAGGUCCAGAGAGAAAACUUCUUCAAUGGUCAUGUUAUUGGAGAGGAGAAUUCCCGUGUACAAGCCCAUAUUGGUGACAAUGACUUCACUGCUCAUAUUCUUACUGAUGAAGCCGAAUACAACAUUGAGCCACUGUGGAGGUUCAUCGAAGACUCUCAUGAUCAUCGGCUGCUUAUAUAUCGCUCUGAAGACAUCAGGAACAUGAGCCGGUUGGCAGCUCCAAAAGUAUGUGGCUACAUCAGCGCAGAUGACAUGGAGAUGCUGCCAGAGAGUGUGCGGGCAGCCAGAGCACUAGAUGAAGUUGAAGAGGAGGAGGAUGGGCACCUGAGAGAGAGAAGACAGACACCAGAUCACAGUAAGAACACCUGCCCUCUGCUGCUUGUGGCCGACUAUCGUUUUUUCAAAAACAUGGGCCGUAGAGAGGAGAGCACCACUCUCAACUACCUGAUUGAGCUGAUUGAUCGUGUGGAUGACAUUUACCGCAAUACAUCUUGGGAUGAAGAGUAUAAAGGUUAUGGAGUUCAGAUUCAGCAGAUCAUAAUUAACAAGACACCCACACAUGUAGACCCAGGAGGUGCCCACUUCAACAUGAGAGGGAGUCCUGUGAAGAACAAAGAUGUCUGGGACGUCAAGAAGCUCCUGGAGCAAUUUAGCAUUGACAUUGCAGAUAAUGCAUCCAAAGUGUGCUUGGCUCAUCUGUUCACAUAUCAGGAUUUUGACGAAGGCACGCUCGGCUUGGCUUACGUGGCCCCCUCCAAACCAGGCUUUCCUGGAGGUCUUUGCUCCGAGAGAAAUGACAAUCGUGCUAUAUACCUCAACACUGGACUGACCAGCACCAAAAAUUAUGGAAAAACCAUUCUUACCAAGGCAACGGACUUGGUUACCACCCAUGAGCUUGGCCACAACUUCGGUGCUGUUCACGAUCCAGAUGAUGUUCCGUAUUGCGCGCCCAGAGAGGAUCAGGGGGGCAAAUAUGUAAUGUACCCCAUUGCGGUGAGCGGGGAUCACUCUAACAAUAAAUUGUUUUCGAAUUGCAGUAAGCUCUCCGUAGCAAAGAGGCUGAGGGCGAAGGCCUCCACCUGCUUCAGAGAGAGGAACAGCAAUGUGUGUGGAAACUCACGGGUGGAGGAAGGUGAGGAGUGCGAUCCCGGACUGCUCCACCUCAACAGCGACCGCUGCUGCACAUCAGACUGCAAACUUAAGCCCAAUAUGCAGUGCAGUGACAGGAAUAGUGCAUGCUGCAAAGACUGCAGGUUUGAGAAGAAGGGCAAGGUGUGUCAAGAGGCAAUGAAUGCCACAUGCAAGGGAAAUUCUUCCUGUACAGGACUCAGCAGUGAGUGCCCUCCUCCAGAGAACGUCCCCGAUAAGACCAUCUGUGUGGACAAUGGGCGGUGUCUGGAUGGAGAGUGCAUCCCGUUCUGUGAAGCUGUGAAGAACCUGCAGUCAUGUGCUUGCAAUGAGACAAAAAACUCUUGUAAGGUGUGCUGCAGGGAUAAGACUGCUGUGUGCACUCCUUAUAUUGAUGACAAGGGCAACCCCCUCCUUCUGCGGAGAGGCAAACCCUGCACUGUGGGCUUUUGUGAUGGAUCGGGUAAAUGCAUGAAACAGGUCCAGGAUGUUAUUGAGAGGUUGUGGGAUUUCAUUGAGAAGUUGGACAUCAAUACUUUUGGGAAGUUCCUGGCAGACAACAUUGUUGGCUCAGUGGUAGUCUUCUCACUGCUUUUCUGGAUCCCACUCAGCAUUCUGGUCCAUUGUGUGGAUAAGAAACUUGACCAGCAAUAUGAAUUUAACACAAAGUCACUCUUCUACCCCAGUAAUGCAGAGCUGCUGAGCAGUCUAGAAUCAGCCUCAGUGCGGAUCUUCAAACCACCAUCUUCCUCAGGCUCCUCUGCGGUGCCACGCUUUCAGGCAUCUGGACCCCUGCAGACCAGCACGCCACCUGUCUCCAUCUCCCAGGUGGCUCCAGCCCCAGCCCCGACCCCAACCCCAUGUCCUCACCCCACCGUGGAGCCACAACGCAUGGCCACCAUCCAAGAGGAUCCCAGCUAUGAUUCCCACCUGGAUGAACAAACCCUGGGAGAGGACUUCCCUACCUCUGGCUCAGUGUCACGCUCUUUUGAUGAUCUGACGGAGAACCGAGAGAAUGCCAUGUCCUUCAGGGUAAAAAGACAAAAUAACAGCAAGGAGACAGAAUGUUAAGAGUGUGAUUGUAUAAAAUGCAAAAAAGAUUGUAAGGGAAUAUGAUUGGUAAUGCUCAAAGCUGAGCAGAACAAGCAUUACAAAUGCACUGAAAUGCAAUGUGCGCUUGCAGCUCAAGUAUUGAAAAUAACCAGAAUGCAGUAUGUUUUAAAGCGAUAGUUCACUUAAUGAAAAUUCUGUCAUAUUUAUUCACCCUCAUGUCGUUCCAAACCUGUAUGGCUGACUUCUGUGGAGCUGAGGAGAACAUUUGCAGAGUAAUUACAGGAGCUUCCAAGCACAAAAAAGCACCAUUAAAGUAUGUCAAAAGUGAUUCAUAUGACUUAUGCACAAUACUUCAAGUCUUUUGAAACCUUACGAUAAGACUGUGUGAAGAACAGACUAAAACUUUCCUCUCCAGUCAGCUGUUAUAGUCGGCAUGAAAUCUAUUUUCAAAAUGCAGGUUAUUGAUUUUUAUUUUUUUAUUUUUUUUUAUAAAAACAUUUUUUUGACCUGGUAAUGCCUGGUAAUGCUCAACUCUGUCCCUCAAAUGACAGAGUUAGUAAAAAGACUUCUCUUUCGUGACGAAUGCCGGAUUUCUCUAAUCAUUUAGUCCGCUUAAAUGCCAAACGAUUGCAAGCUUGCAUUUAGAUCUGCCUCCAUCCAAUCAACAACCGAUGAACAGAACCAAGACCCCGCCCUAUUUUUCUUUCUUUUCAAUAAUGUUUUUACUCGGAUAUAUGUUACAAUACGGAAUAAAAGAUCUGUCACUACUUCCCUUACAUCUCAACUUUAAAGCUAUCGUAUAGCUUUAAAAUACUUGCGCAUUUUAGCACACAUGUUGGGAUGACCACUUUCAUGGUUUUAAGGUGCAGAUUCAGAAGAAAGAAAGUCAUACAUGUUUAGAAAGACAUGAGUGUGAGUACACAAGGACAGAAUUUUCAUUUUUGGGUGAACUAUCCCUUUAAGAGCACUUUUAUAAAGCAACAGAAGGCACAAAUCUUUCAGUGUCUAGGCAUUACAUGGGAAUUCAAUGUUGUUAAAUCCUGUUAGGAUUAUGCAAUAUGCACACAUAUUUACACACACACGCACUGGAUCUCAACAGUUAUCUACACGUGACCAGCUUCAUUGUUAAAGCUUAAUACCAAGAUGUUUACAGGUCUGUUUUUAUCUAAGGGAUUGAGCAGAUGCUAACAGAUCUUGAUAACCAUUAUAUUAUGAAUACAGCUGUUAUAUUUUAGUUGAUAUUUUACAUGUAUGUGUUCUGACACACCAGCAAAUUAUGUUUUGUAACCUCUGUAGAACACAAUCUUGUGUUCUUGCUUUUUAUUGUUUGCAAAAGACAAUCUGACUUUUUAGAGGCAUUUGAUAUUUGCGAAAAUUGUCUUUGAAAAAUCUUUGCUUUAAUUUGUACUGUUCUUGAAUGUAACAACGUUACAGUAGUUUAAACAGUUGUACCAGCAGACAUUAUCCCCCAGCAACUUGCACUGACAUAUCUUAAAAAAAGUCAGUGCCAUUGUUUUGUCUCAAGAUGCACACCAGUACUGUUUUUUGUAAGGCACAUUUAUAAAAGCUACUUUAAUGUCCUAAUUGAACUAAGGCCUAAUCCUGGCUUAAUCUAAGCUCUGUCUGUGAAACCAGGCCUAUGUUUUUUUUAGUAUAUAAGAAAGUUUUGGCUUUUUAUGAAACACCAAAGUCACUAGUUAAAUGAAAAGACAGACAAUCGGUUUUAUCUCUCCAUGUUACUAUACUUUUCUGCAACAAAUUGUACGUGACUGUAUGCAAUAUGUAUUUUGCAGCUGCUGCCAUAAGAAUGUACUGAUGUUGAACACUGCUCUGAGAUCAGUAUCCAAAGUGCCUUGUAUUUGUUUUUUAUUUGUCUUGUGAAAUAGUAUUUUACUCCAUGAGUUUUGCAAUGUAAUCUACAGAAAAACUCAAAAAGGGAGUGUGACUGUCAUUUACUGGUGGUUUAAUGGUCAUCUUCUGAAUCUUAGUGUAACUAUUGGGAAUGUAUUUGUGUGUUGAUCUUGUAGAAUACCAAGCAUAGUAGUGUCAUUUCUUUGUAGAUUUUACUACAUGACCUAACCCUGCUUUAUUUUAUCAUCGGUUGCCAAAUCCUGUGAAAUCUUUUUUUCAUGUUAAGAAAUGUGUACUCUGACUGCAUGGCUCCCCACAAUGUUGUGAUGGGUCAAGAGAGAAAGUAUUGAAUGUUAAGACAGUGUUUUGUAUCAGUGUGUUAGAUUUGUAUAACUUAAUAGUUCUUGACUUGGUAUGUUUGGCAAGCUUUCAUUUUUAAAUAAAACGUCACCCUUA